CCGAAAAACCUAGAUGGAAUAUCCCAGUCUUAACCGGUUUCAACCGGUCUUGGGUUUGAAGCAUGAGAUGAAGAGCUAGCUUACACAGCCCUGCUAUCAAAUAUUAUAUACGAAUAGGACCAAUAAUAAACUCAAGAUUAUUUUACUUUGUGAUUAUGAACCGGAAUAACGCAAUACGUGUGACUCCGUAAAUUGUUAGCUAGCUAGCCAGCCAGCCAAGGGAAGCUAAGUCAUCAUUGGCUUAUGCAACAGCAGGCUAACUUGAUAACAUUUCUCGCCGUCCGCAACGACUUAAUCAUUGCUAAGAUACUUCUAGAAUAGUCUGUUACAUUUAUUUGCUAUAUGGUAAAUUGCUAAAUGUAAAUUAUCAUACUGAAACUUCGCUUCAGUGGCAGGACAUACAGCUAACGGCGUGCUAUCAGGACAUAAAUCAUUUGGCUAGCUAGCUAAUUAGCCAAUAAGCUAGUUAGCGAAUGUCAAACACACUGGAACGUGUGCCAUGAGAUAGCCUGACAUCCAGCCAGACGAGAGUUUUAAAAUCAGAGCCAAAGUCUUAUUUUUUUCAUUACAACGGAAAGACUAAAGAAAUAAGAGCUCUAUGCCAGCAAACAUGACAAUGUUGGCGGAUCAUGCAGCAAGACAGCUGCUAGACUUCAGUCAAAAGCUGGACAUCAAUCUGCUGGACAAUGUAGUCAAUUCUAUGUACUAUGACAUUGGAUCACAGCAACGCAUGGCACAGGAGGUGCUGACCAACCUGAAGGAUCACCCGGACGCGUGGACACGAGUCGACACCAUCCUGGAGUUUUCUCAGAACAUGAAGACUAAAUACUAUGCACUACAAAUUCUGGAGACUGUGAUCAAAACACGCUGGAAGAUUCUUCCAAGAAAUCAAUGUGAAGGAAUAAAGAAGUAUGUCGUUGGUCUGAUUAUCAAGACCUCAUCUGACGCCGCAAAUGUUGAGAAAGAUGGAGUGUACAUUGCUAAACUCAACAUGAUCCUCGUACAGAUCCUGAAGCAGGAGUGGCCCAAGCACUGGCCCACCUUCAUCAGUGACAUCGUGGGUGCCAGCCGCACCAGCGAGAGCCUAUGUCAGAACAACAUGAUCAUCCUCAAGCUGCUCAGUGAGGAGGUAUUUGACUUCUCCAGCGGACAGAUGACCCAGGUCAAGGCCAAGCACCUGAAGGACAGCAUGUGCAAUGAAUUCUCGCAAAUAUUCCAGCUCUGCCAGUUUGUCAUGGAGAACUCCCAGAAUGCCCCUCUGGUCCAAGCCACACUCGAGACUCUCCUGCGUUUCCUAAACUGGAUCCCCCUGGGGUACAUAUUUGAGACCAAAUUGAUCAGCACUCUGGUGUACAAGUUCUUGAACGUGCCCAUGUUCCGCAACGUGACGCUGAAGUGUCUGACGGAGAUCGCCGGCGUGAGCGUCAACCAGUACGAGGAGCAGUUUGUCAACCUCUUCACACUCACCAUGUGUCAGCUCAAACAGAUGCUCCCCCUGAACACCAACAUCCGCCUGGCAUAUUCCAACGGCAAGGACGAUGAGCAGAACUUCAUCCAGAACCUCAGCCUGUUCCUCUGCACCUUCCUGAAAGAGCACGGACAGCUCAUCGAGAAGAGGCCCAACCUUAGGGAGACACUCGUGGAGGCUCUUCACUACAUGCUGCUGGUGUCUGAGGUGGAGGAGACGGAGAUCUUUAAGAUCUGUCUGGAGUACUGGAACCACUUGGCGGCGGAGCUCUACAGGGAGAGCCCCUUCUCUACCUCCACCUCCCCCCUGCUCUCUGGGAGCCAGCACUUUGACGUGCCCCCACGCCGGCACCUCUACCUGCCCGUGCUCUCCAAGGUGCGUACGCUGAUGGUGAGCCGAAUGGCCAAGCCAGAGGAGGUGCUGGUGGUGGAGAACGACCAGGGAGAGGUGGUCCGAGAGUUCAUGAAGGACACAGACUCAAUCAACCUCUAUAAGAACAUGAGAGAGACACUGGUUUACCUGACCCAUUUGGACUAUGCGGACACGGAGCGCAUCAUGACGGAGAAGCUGCACAACCAGGUCAACGGGACAGAGUGGUCCUGGAGGAACCUGAACACGCUGUGCUGGGCCAUCGGCUCCAUCAGCGGGGCCAUGCACGAGGAGGACGAGAAGAGGUUCCUGGUCACCGUCAUCAAGGACCUGCUGGGCCUUUGUGAGCAGAAGAGGGGGAAGGACAACAAGGCCAUCAUCGCCUCAAACAUCAUGUACAUCGUGGGCCAGUACCCACGCUUCCUCCGAGCCCACUGGAAGUUCCUCAAGACUGUCGUCAACAAGCUCUUUGAGUUCAUGCACGAGACUCACGACGGCGUGCAGGACAUGGCGUGCGACACCUUCAUCAAGAUCGCCCAGAAGUGCCGGCGCCACUUUGUCCAGGUGCAAGUGGGCGAGGUGAUGCCCUUCAUCGACGAGAUCCUCAACAACAUCAACACCAUCAUCUGUGAUCUCCAGCCCCAACAGGUGCACACAUUCUACGAGGCGGUGGGCUACAUGAUCGGGGCCCAGACGGACCAGGCCGUGCAGGAGCACCUCAUCGAGAAGUACAUGCUGCUACCCAACCAGGUGUGGGACAGCAUCAUCCAACAGGCCACCAAGAAUGUGGACAUCCUGAAGGAUGCAGAGACGGUGCGUCAGCUGGGCAGCAUCCUGAAGACCAACGUGCGGGCCUGCAAGGCCGUGGGACACCCUUUCGUGGUGCAGCUGGGACGCAUCUACCUGGACAUGCUCAAUGUCUACAAGUGUCUGAGUGAGAACAUCUCCUCUGCCAUCCAGACCAACGGAGAGAUGGUGACCAAGCAGCCCCUGAUCCGGAGCAUGAGGACGGUGAAGAGAGAAACGCUCAAGCUGAUCUCAGGUUGGGUCAGCCGCUCCAACGACCCACAAAUGGUGGGGGAGAACUUUGUCCCGCCCCUGCUGGAGGCUGUACUCAUCGACUACCAGCGCAACGUCCCCGCCGCCAGAGAGCCCGAGGUGCUAAGCACCAUGGCGACCAUCGUCAAUAAGCUGGGUGGACACAUCACCGGGGAGAUCCCGAAGAUCUUCGACGCAGUCUUCGAGUGCACUUUGAACAUGAUCAAUAAAGACUUUGAAGAGUACCCAGAGCAUAGGACCCAUUUCUUCUACCUCCUCCAAGCGGUGAACUCGCAGUGCUUCCCGGCCUUCCUCUCCAUUCCCCCAGCCCAGUUUAAACUGGUUCUGGACUCCAUUAUCUGGGCCUUUAAACACACCAUGAGGAACGUUGCAGACACUGGUCUGCAGAUUCUUUACACCCUGCUGCAGAACGUGGCCCAGGAGGAGGCUGCUGCACAGAGCUUCUACCAGACCUACUUCUGUGACAUCCUCCAGCACAUCUUCUCCGUCGUCACAGAUACCUCGCACACAGCAGGGCUAACCAUGCACGCGUCCAUCCUGGCGUACAUGUUCAACCUGGUGGAGGAGGGUAAAAUCAGCGCCUCCCUCAACCCAGCCAGCCAGCACAACCAGGGCUACGUUCAGGAGUACGUGGCCAACCUGCUCAAGACGGCCUUCCCCCAUCUACAAGAUGCCCAGGUGAAGGUGUUUGUAACAGGUCUGUUCAGCUUGAACCAGGACAUCCCCGCUUUCAAGGAGCACUUGAGGGACUUCCUGGUGCAGAUCAAGGAGUUUGCUGGCGAGGACACAACAGACCUGUUCCUGGAGGAGCGGGAGACGUCGCUGCGGCAGGCCCAGGAGGAGAAACACAAGCUGCAGAUGUCCGUCCCCGGCAUCCUCAACCCCCAUGAGCUCCCCGAGGAGAUGUGCGACUAAGCGCCGCCACAUAGGAAUGAACACAACAGCAAACAUGUACAGUUUUUGGGAAAAAAAGAAAGGCAAGAGAAGCUGAGAGCUCUUGUCAAGUGUGUGUGUGUGUGUGUGUGUGUGAGAGAGCGAGAGAUUGAGAGGUGCUUUGUCGACCAAAUCAAUGCCAAUAUGUAAAUGACAAUUGCGCCUCCGAUUCGGCACUCACAUUUUUUGCAUAUGGACGCAUUUUAUACAGAGUCAUUUGUGUAAUAAUACGGUAUUGCUCCUUUUCCCUCGCAAAUUCAAGCUUUGUUUUUGGUUAUCGUCUUUGUUUAGCCGUGCAUGAAGUUUAAAUAAUUAAAUAAUUAUUUUUAACCCUUUCUUUACCUACACCCCCCCACCACCAACGAUCCUUCUAUUUGUUUAUAUGUAAGAUAUGUUAAAAGCACAUGCAAAAAGGUUACUUUAAAAAGUGCUGUAGCGUCAGGAAGUGCUCCAAUAAAGAGCUUUGUGUGUUUUUCGGAGGAGCCGCAUGGCCUGCAGAUGAAUGUGACGGUCAAGGGUGGUAAAUGACGCUGCUUCCUUUGUUUCUGUUUUGGCAGCAGUUUUUGUGGCAAGUUGGGUUCUGUUUGCAUCCAAAACUGACCGCUCUGACAUUUGGACAAGAAUGUUAGAUCAUGUGCAUAUCAUCUUGUUUGUAAAGCUGUCUUAGUACUAUGGGAACAUAAAGUUGGUUAUUUUUACAAAACUGUGUAUGUCCUAUACCUUUUGUGUAUGUUUCCUUCAGUCGUUGAAGGUUAUUAAAUCCAAUUUCUGGAAUAAGAACUUGAAACUA